AUCAAAACGCUGCGUUUCGUUCGGCCAAACGAUCCGCCAGUCUCCAGGGAGCGAACAAGCCGACGACGUGGGUUGGAUAAGCAUCGGAGAUGAUGCCACCGGGCGGAGGUGGGAGGCUGACGUCAUUCCCGGCGGCGAUGUACGGUGGAGGAACGGGAACGACGUCGUCUUGGGUGUCGAAGACCUCUGUGUCGGCGUCGGGGAAGAGGAUUCAGAGAGAGAUGACGGAGCUGAACAUGGACCCUCCUCCCGAUUGUUCCGCCGGACCGAAGGGCGAUAAUCUCUACCACUGGAUCGCCACCAUUAUCGGCCCCGAGGGAACACCUUAUGAAGGAGGCAUAUUUUUCAUGGACAUAAUUUUCCCGAGUGAUUAUCCCUUCAAGCCACCAAAGGUUGUGUUCAAGACUAGGAUCUACCACUGCAACGUCGAUACUUCCGGGAAUCUAAGUUUGGAUAUUCUGAGGGAUAAUUGGAGCCCGGCACGUACAAUUACGAAGAUUCUACAAGCCAUCAGAUCCAACUUCAUUAAACCUGACCCAUAUAAUCCAGCAUUACCGGGCAUUGCCCACCUAUACUUGUCAGACAGAGCAAAGCACGAUGAACUAGCUGCAGAGUGGACAUUGAGAUUUGCCAGGUGACCGAGACAGAGGCUUUUCGAUACGAUCCAGGACAAUAUAAAUACAGUAUCGUCAUCAAGGUAUCCAGAGAAGAUUGGACUCGCCAAGAAAUGUGCUUUUUUCUUUGCUCAGAGAACAGGGGGAACUUUCAUGUGAAAAACUGAUAGUUUGUACCAUUAAGGGUCGAUUCUUUGUAACUGUAAGUGUAACUCACUUAGUGGAAGCUUAGCUACCAAUGGUGAUGGUGGUGGGUAGGUUUGGUUUUCUUCA